AGAAGGCAUAUUGUGGUUAUACAAAACAGCAUUGAAUCUUGUGAGGAAUCUGGAACCAAAACUAUUUUGAAGUCCCUGGUGACACUCAUGUGUUGUUUCGUGAAGGAGCCUGUCCAAAUGAUUUCUGCCUUUUACCUCAAGGAAACUGAUUGAAAUGUUUUGCUAGUGUUUAUAGCUGAAAAAGUAACUAACCUGUUUCCCUGUUUUAGGAAACCAAAUAGUUUCCUUCCUGUCUCUGCGGCCUGCAUAUCUUUCUUUUAUUAACAGAUCUCUUUUUUACUGCACUGUUUUGAAACGUUGUGUUACUAUGCCUCAUGUCAUCAACUCGAUGCAGGAAUCACCACCAGUCCAGACCCAAUCCAAAAUGGCUGGCAAAGCUGCAUUGUAUCCUAUCAUCAAUCGUAACAAGGAUAUUACCUGUGACAAGAGCGGGGUCUUUCAGCAUCUGAAGGACGAGUGCCUGAGAAAAGGCGUCUUGUUUGAAGACGAGGAAUUCCCUGCCAAUGACUCCUCACUUUUUUACUCUGUGGGUAUGCCCUUCAAGCUGGAAUGGAAAAGACCCCCAGAAAUCUGUGAGAAUCCAAAGUUCAUCAUUGGCGGAGCCUCAAGAACUGAUAUCUGUCAAGGAGAUUUGGGUGAUUGCUGGUUCCUGGCUGCCAUUGCAUGUCUCACUCUUAAUGAGAAGCUGCUGUACCGGGUUAUCCCUCGUGAUCAAUACUUUACAGAGAACUAUGCUGGAAUCUUCCACUUUCAGUUCUGGCGUUUCGGUGACUGGGUGGAUGUCACUGUUGAUGACCGAAUUCCCACAUUCAACAACCAGUUGGUUUUUACCAAAUCUGCUGAGCGAAAUGAGUUUUGGAGUGCUCUGUUGGAGAAGGCCUAUGCCAAGUUGCAUGGAUCAUAUGAGGCACUGAAAGGUGGCAAUACCACAGAAGCCAUGGAAGAUUUUACUGGUGGUGUUACUGAAUUCUUUGAGAUAAAGGAAGCCCCCAAGGAUCUGUUCAAGAUCCUGAAGAAGGCAACAGAGAGGGGCUCCCUUAUGGGCUGUUCAAUUGAUUCUUUCGUACCUCAGCAGUUUGAAACACGAACAACCAGCGGUUUGAUCAGAGGACAUGCCUAUUCUGUAACCAGUGUGGAUGAAGUCACUUACAAAGGUCAGAAUGUGAAGUUGGUGCGUUUGAGGAAUCCAUGGGGCUCAGUGGAGUGGAAUGGGUCCUGGAGUGAUAAGGGCCGGGAGUGGUCCGAGAUUGAGAAAACACAAAAGCAACGACUUCAGCACCAAAUGAAAGAAGAUGGAGAGUUCUGGAUGUCUUUUGAUGAUUUUAAGAGGAAUUUCACAAAGCUGGAGAUUUGUAACCUGACACCAGAUGCGCUAUGCGAUGACAAGCUCCAUAGGUGGACAGUAUCUAUCAAUGAAGGACGGUGGGUAAAAGGCUGUUCAGCUGGGGGCUGCCGUAAUUAUCCAGACACAUUCUGGACGAAUCCUCAGUACCGACUGAAACUCUGCGAGGAGGAUGAUGAUCCCGAUGUUGCCGAGGUCCUCUGCACCUUUGUUGUUGCUCUAAUGCAAAAGAAUCGUCGGAAGGAACGCAGAAUGGGUGUCAACUUCCAUACCAUUGGAUUUGCUAUUUAUGAGGUGCCCAAAGAGAUGCAAGGUAAUAAACAACACCUUCCCAAAGAUUUCUUCCUCUACCGGGCAUCUAAGAGCAGGUCUAAGUCAUAUAUCAACCUACGUGAGGUAUCACAACGUUUCAGCCUCCCCCCAGGGGAGUACGUCAUUGUCCCUUCCACAUACGAUCCUCACCAAGAAGGAGAGUUCAUCCUGAGGGUAUUCUCAGAAAAACCGAACCUGUCAGAGGAAACUGAGAGCCAGAUCUUAGAUGACAACCCCAAGCAGCAGACUGUGUCAACAACAGCUCAGGAGGAGAGUGAGGAAGACCUCCAGUUCCGCUGUAUUUUUGAACAGAUUUCUGGAGGUGACAUGCAGAUCUCUGCAUCGGAACUGAGGAAUAUCCUAAACCGUGUUGUUAAAAAACACAAAAUGAAAACUGAAGGGUUCGGCCUUGAGUCUUGUCGUAGUAUGGUUGCCCUCAUGGAUACGGAUGGAUCUGGAAAGCUUAAUUUGAUGGAGUUUAAGCAGCUCUGGAACAAGAUUAAGAAGUGGCAGGCAAUAUUUAAGGAAUAUGACAAGGAUAAUUCUGGCAUGAUUAACAGCUAUGAAAUGCGCUCAGCUGUGAAUGAUGCAGGUUUCCGCCUGAACAGCCAGCUCUAUGAGAUCAUCUCCAUGCGCUAUGCCAAUGAAGAUAUGAAUCUGGACUUUGACAGCUUCAUCUGUUGCCUUGUGAGACUGGAGGGAAUGUUCAGAACGUUUCAUGCCUUUGAUAAAGAUGGAGAUGGAAUCAUUAAACUCAGUAUUCUGGAGUGGUUGCAACUCACCUUAUACGCCUAAAUGUCUCAGGACAUCUGGUGGCCUACAUGCCUGGCUAUUACCUCAAGUUCAACACUCAAACCUCAACAGCAGAAUAUGCAAAGCCAGCCUCUUCUACACAUGUUGACAUUCAAUGGUACUUAAGGAGUCUGGGUGGAAAGCAGCCUUUUAUUUAUUGUUAGAUCAGCAUGUCUUAUUGCAACUGUGUGAUUCUUUGCAAUUGGGAACAUGUGAAACCAGGAUGAGAAUACAAGUUUUCUUUAUCUCUCUUGUAUGA